AUGACGCCAGCCACGGCGGUUGCCGUCGCAUCGGAGACGCCCGCGCCGGCUCCGGUCAUCGCGGCCUCGGCGGCGUCGUCCACCACCACCGCCUCCGGGACCGCCGCGGCGGGCGUGGAGGUGGCGACCGAGUCGGGCAACGGCGGCGGCGGGGCGGAGCGCCGGUCCCGCUUCCGGCGGAUCUGCGUCUACUGCGGCAGCGCAAAGGGGAAGAAGCCCAGCUACCAGGACGCGGCCAUCGAACUCGGCAACCAGCUGGUGGAGCGGGGCAUAGACCUGGUCUACGGCGGGGGCUCCAUCGGCCUCAUGGGAUCGGUCUCCCACGCAGUACACGCCGGAGGUCGCCAUGUCAUGGGGAUCAUUCCAAAAUCACUGAUGCCCAGAGAGGUAACUGGAGAACCUGUUGGCGAAGUUAGAGCCGUUUCUGGCAUGCACGAGAGGAAGGCUGAGAUGGCUCGGUUUGCCGAUGCUUUUGUUGCCUUACCAGGUGGCUAUGGAACUCUAGAGGAGUUGCUUGAGAUCAUCACUUGGGCACAACUGGGGAUCCACAAGAAGCCGGUUGGCCUUUUGAACGUUGACGGAUUCUAUGACCCUCUUCUGUCUUUCAUCGACUUGGCUGUCAACGAAGGCUUCAUCACGGAGGCAGCGAGGCGCAUCAUCAUCUCAGCCCCAACAGCCAAGGAGCUAGUUAUGAAGUUGGAGGACUAUGUCCCGGAGUAUGACAUCGGCUUGGUCUGGGAGGAGCAGAAGCCCAACAGCUUGGUCCCUGAGCUGGAGUCUGGGAUCACCUCAUCCUGA